GGAGGGACGACGCGCUGGCGGGAGGGACUAUGGCCCAGGGCACGGUGAUCCAUGUGGCCCCGGAGGAGCCCACCUAUGCCGUGUGUGUCCUGGGCACCGAAAGUCAGCUGGAUGUCUACAGGCCGGACAUCUGUGGUCCUCGAUGGUGCCCACGGGACUGUCUGGGACAUUUCCUUCAAAGUGGCACCGCUGCCUCAACCUGGACCGCGGUCCAGAUUUCAUACUAUGGAUCGAAGACCAGCCCGAUCCAAGCCCUGCUCUAUGUCACUGGUGUCGAAAUCUCCUUGAGCGCGGACAUCACCCGCACUGGCAAAGUGAAGCCUGCCGGAGCCCAGAAAGGCCAGGUCCCAGGUUUGACCCAAGAGCAGAAAUUUGGGUUGGGCAGCGGACCCGAACAUGGGGCCCGGAGGAGGCACGGGGAGACGCAGCACUGGUCCCAGGUGUUAUCUGGCUGCUGUGUGACCGUGGACCUACAGGACAUGUCCCUGGUGACCCUGAACACGAACACCCCCAGGGACUUCUUCGCCAGGCACCAGCUGCUGCUCCAUGUGGCCAAGUCGGAGAUGGACAAAGUCAGGGUGUUCCAAGCCAGCCGAGGCAAUCAGAUCUCCAGGUACAGGGAGGUCCUGGGGCCAAAGCAGCCCUGUCACCCCCUGGAACUCCCGGGGGGCCAGCACAGCACAGACUUCUAUGUGGAGGGCCUCGCUUUCCCAGACGCCAACUUCCCGGGGCUCAUUUCCCUCGCCGUCUCCCUACUGGACACAUCCAACCCGGAGCUCCCCAAGACCCUGAUUUUCCAAGACAGUGUGGUCUUCCGUGUGGCCCCCUGGAUCAUGACCCCCAACACUCAGCCCCCUGAGGAGGUGUACGUGUGCAGGAUGCUUGAGAACGAGGACUUCCUUAAGUCUGUGACCGCGCUGACCCAGGAAGCCAAGUGCCAGCUGACCGUGUGCACCAGGGAGCAGAGUGUGGGGGACCGGUGGAUGCAGGACGAGAUAGAGGUCGGCUACAUCCAAGCCCCGCACAAGACACUGCCCGUGGUCUUUCGUGUGCAGAACAUGGUCAAGGGUAUCACGCUGGGCUUCCGUUACAAGAUGAGGCCCGUGCCCGCUCGCUCCUCCACCGACGUCAUCGUUCGGGAGAAUGACGCUCUCGGUCCGGAUUUUGGCUACGUGACUCGAGGGCCCCAAACAGGAGAGGUUUCUGACCUCGACUCCUUUGGUAACCUGGAAGUGAGCCCCCCGGUCAAGGUUGGGAGGAAGAAAUACCCUCUGGGCAGGAUCCUCAUUGGGAGCAGCUGCUACCCCAGCAAGGAGAGCCAGGAGAUGCACCAGGCCUUGCAAGACUUCCUCAGCGCCCAGCAGGUGCAGGCGCCCGUGAAGCUCUACUCCGACUGGCUCUUUGUGGGCCACGUGGACGAAUUCCUGAGCUUCGUCCCGGUGCACAAGGGCUUCCGGCUGCUCCUCGCCAGCCCCAGGUCCUGCUACAGGCUGUUCCAGGAGCAGCUGAAGGAGGGCCACGGCGAGGCUCUGCUAUUUGAAGGGGUCAAGAAAAAAAAACAGAAAAUAAAGGACGUUCUGUCCAAUGAGAAAUUGAGAGAAGAUAAUUCGUACGUGCAGGUACCAGCCUGGGUGCCGGAGACGCCGCAGUCCGGGCAGACCUAA